UCCAAUUAUGUAUUCGUUCUCUUCUCUUUUGACACUUGCUGUCGCUCUGCCUGCGCUGGUCGCAGCUGAGCUUUCUGGCAAAGUCGGCCCCACCACUUCGCAUGCGACCAAGGCUGCGAUCAAGACCUGCGACAUCACCAAAUAUGGCGCUGUCGCCGAUGGAAAGACUGACAUUAGCACUGCUCUGAACAGUGCUUUUACUGCUUGCAAAGCAGGUGGUGUUGUCGUUAUUCCCGCUGGCAACUAUGCCAUGUCUCAGUGGGUCAAGUUGGCCAAUGGCAACAACUGGGCACUGCAACUUGAUGGUAUCAUUACUCGUACUGGCACUGAUGCUGGCAAUAUGAUUAUGAUGUUCUCGUCCACUGGCAAAGGAGCCAUUCAAGGUAAUGGCUACAUAUUCCACGAGCAGGGCAGUACCUCAGGUCCCAGGCUUUUGAGAGUGUGGGAUGUGACCAAUUGGUCUGUUCACGACAUUUCUCUGGUUGAUUCUCCCGCUUUCCACUUUUCCAUCGACACUUGCACGAAUGGUGAGGUCUAUAACAUGGCUAUUCGCGGUGGUAACGAAGGCGGUCUCGACGGCAUCGAUGUCUGGAGCAACAACAUCUGGAUCCACGAUGUCAUGGUCACCAACAAAGUCAAAAGCCCCUCCACAAAUAUCCUCGUCGAAAACGUCUACUGUAACUGGUCCGGCGGCUGCGGCAUGGGUUCCUUCGGCACCGACACCGCCGUCUCCAACAUCACUUACAGAAACAUCUACACCUGGUCCAGCAACCAAAUGUUCAUGCUCAAGUCUAAUGGCGGCUCUGGCACUGUAUCCAACGUCGUGCUCGAAAACUUCAUCGGCCAUGGAAAUGCCUACAGCUUAACUCUAGACGAAGCCUGGAGUUCCAUGACGACGAUUGCUGGAAACGGAGUCCAGCUUUCCAACUUCCAAAUCUCGAAUUGGACGGGCACGGAAGCGAACGGCAAAGCUCGUGGACCUAUCAAGGUUGCUUGUGCGGCCAAAGCUCCUUGCCACGAUAUCAGUAUUACUGAUUUCAGUAUGUGGACCGAGACUGGCACCUCUCAAUUCUACUCUUGCGAGAACGCUUAUGGGAGUGGGUUUUGCCUCAAAUCUGGGACUAGUUAUGCUGCUUAUGCGGCCACUACACAGUGGGUCAGCAAGGCGCCUACGGGCUAUGCUGCUCCCACCAUGGCUGCGGAUCUCAAAACCGCCUUUGGGACAACACAGAGUAUCCCCAUCCCCACCAUGCCGGCGAGCUUCUUCCCAGGUGUGCUGCCAAUCACAAAGUUAGCUGGAAGCAAG